AUGGUGGUCAACGAUGUGGUAAGAACGAGUACUGCACGAGCGAUAGGACCGGACACUGGUAUUGCGAGUGCAUGGCUGGAUUCGAGCGCAGCCCUUCGACAGGACAGUGCAGCUAUCCAGGCUCAUGUUCGCCCGACAAGCCUUACUCUUGCGAUGUUCGCAAACGAGAAAAAUGCCUUCCUCAUGGUGAUUUCUUCACUUGUCAAUGCGACAAGAACGAAAGACGACAUCCUCGGAUCCCGGAUUUCAGUGAAGAAUGAAUGUCUCACUGGCGAGAAUGACUGUGAUCGUUCCGCUCGUUGCAUUGACACCGAUGAUGGCUACCUAUGUGCUUGCCCUUCAGGAUUCAUUGACAGAUCGGCCGAUCCAGUGUCGAAACCAGGACGACUUUGUGUAGCAGAACAGAAUGAAUGUCUUGAUGGAACUCACAAGUAAGU